CCAGUCAAUUGUUGUAGUUGUUGUUGGCAGAUGUCGAAGGCUGCACCUGCAAAGAAAGCUGCGCCCCCCCCAGGAUGCACCAUCGACAUCAACGAUCCCAAAGUUCAAGAUGCAGCCAUUAAAAUCCAGGCCUCGUACCGAGGGCACAGGUCCCGGCAGGAGCUGCGGGAGAAGGGCCCACCGAGGAUCCUGAAAGAGCUGAAGGAUGUGGUGCUGAUCGAGGGCAGUGCAGCAAGGCUGGAUUGCAGGGUCAGUGCCUUCCCUGACCCCCUCAUCCGCUGGUUCAAGGACGGGCAGGAGCUGAAGGAUGGGCCCAAGUACCGCUAUAUGUUUGAGGACCCUGAUGUCGUAGCGUUGGUGGUUAGGGAUGGGACACUCUCUGAUCUGGGAAAAUACACCAUCUCCAUCAGCAAUACCUUCGGAGAAGCCUUCGACUCGGCAAAGAUCAUCAUCGAAGGUAAAGAGAUCCCACCAGACCCCACCAGACUCCACCAGGCCCCACCAGAUCCCACUAGAUCCCACCAGGCCCCACCAGAUCCCACCAGACUCCACCAGGCCGCACCAGAAUCUACCAGGCCCCAUCAGACUCCAACAGAUCCCACCAGAUUCCCAGACCCCACCAGAUUCCACCAGGCCCCGCCAGAUUCCAACAGAUCACACCACAUUCCAUCUAAUCCCAUAAGAUUCCUCCGAGCUCCCAAAUACUCCAGAGAAGACAGUUUCAUGCUCUUCAAUCUCUCCAGCCAGGGCAAUGCUGUCGUCAGAAUUCAAUUCACUGAUGCAUGUAACUGGCUGCUUCAUGGACUGGAACUGAAAAUUGAGACUCAACAAGUGAAAGAAAGGCACAUUACUGAGGUCAUUGUGAUUAAUCCAAAUUUAGAAGUUCAGGAUAACUGA